AUGGCCUGCAAGCUGAUCGUCCUCGCCGCCUUCGCGGCUGUGGCCCGCGCCGGCUACCUGGGUGCCCCCGCAGUCUACGCCCCCGGCGCCCCCAUCGCCGCCCGCGCCUACGCCGCCCCGGUGGCGUACGCCGCCCCAGCCCUUCGUGCUGCCCCUGUGGCGUACGCCGCCCCCGCCGUGAGAGCCGCCCCCGUCGCAGUCGCCGCCCCCGCCGCCGUGGCCGCUGAGUACGACCCCAACCCCCAGUACAGCUACGCCUACAGCGUGCAGGACGCCCUCACCGGUGACUCCAAGAACCAGCAGGAGAGCCGCAGCGGAGACGUCGUCCAGGGCAGCUACAGCCUGGUCGAGCCCGACGGUUCCAUCCGCACCGUCGACUACACCGCCGACCCCGUCAACGGCUUCAACGCCGUCGUGCACAGGGAGGCCGCUGCCCACCCCGCCCCCGUCGUCGCCAAGGUGGCCGCCCCCGUCGCCUACGCCGCCCCCGCCAUCGCUAAGGUGGCCGCCCCCCUCGCCUACGCCGCCCCCGCCUAUGGCAAGGCCAUCCUGGGUUAA